AUGACUGGUCUAUUCUUCCAGCAGUACUCGGAUAUAGUUGGAGAGCAGGUGACAAGUGAGGUAACCAAUUUCUUUGUCAAUGGAGUAUUCCCUAAAGAAUGGAAUUUCACACAGUUAUGUCUCAUCCCCAAAAAGCUAAACUCACCUCUUAUGAGUGACUUGAGACAUAUAAGCCUGUGUUCGGUUCUAUACAAGGUGGUAGCAAAGAUCCUAAUGGCCAGACUACAGCCUCUCAAUCAAUCAGCCUUCACAGUUAUGUCCCCAAAUCAAUCAGCCUUCAUCCCUGAAAGGUUGAUUUCAGACAACAUUCUUAUUGCUCAUGAAGCUGUCCACGGUCUGCGUACUCACAAGGAGAUUUCAAAGAACUUCAUGGCAGUAAAAACAGAUAUGUCAAAGGCAUAUGACAGAAUGGAAUGGAGUUUUCUGGAAGCUAUUCUUUUGGCCCUGGGAUUUCAUAGGAAGUGGGUGGAUAUGGUCAUGUUUUGUGUUACAACAGUCACGUACACGGUGCUUAUAAAUGGACAGCCUUUUGGAUUAAUAAACCCGCAAAGAGGUAUUAGACAGGGAGAUCCUCUCUCCCCUGCCUUAUUUGUUCUUUGUGCGGAGGGUCUAACUCACCUCCUAAACAAAGCUGAAGCUGCGGGUCAAAUUAAUGGGAUUCAGUUUUCACCUCAAGGACCUUCGAUCCAUCAUCCUCUGUUUGUAGACGAUAGCUUGUUUCUGAUAAAAGCAUCGGUGGAACAAGCUUCAACUCUGAAAGGAAUUUUAUCUGAGUAUGGUGAUGUCACAGGUCAAAUGAUCAACUUUGAAAAGUCCUCUAUUACUUUUGGGAGCAAAGUUGAGGAUGGUAUCAGGAAUCAGAUCCAAGUGAAGCUGGGGAUUGUUAAAGAAGGUGGAGCAAGCAAAUAUCUGGGAUUACCAGAAUGUUUUAGUUGUUCAAAAAUAGACAUGCUGGCCUAUAUCCAUGAUAACAUGAAAAGCAGAAUGUCUGGUUGGUUUGCCCGAUCUCUCUCACAAGGAGGGAAAGAAAUUCUUCUGAAAGCAGUGGCUAUGGCGAUGCCUAUAUUUGCAAUGUCGUGUUUCAAGCUCCCCAAGAAGACUUGUGAAAAUCUGACCUCUGCUAUGUCGGCUUUCUGGUGGGAUUCCAUUGAGGACAAAAGGAAAAUGCACUGGAUUGGUUGGGACAAGUUAUGCCUACCUAAACACCUAGGAGGACUGGGGUUUAAAGAUAUCCAAAUCUUUAAUCAAGCUCUUUUGGCAAAACAAGCUUCCAGGAUUUUGCAGGAUGAUAAUAGUCUGUUUGCUCUUUUCUUUAAAAGUAGAUACUUUGAAGAGGGUGAUUUCUUAAGUUCAGACCUUGGAGAGAGACCAUCCUAUGCAUGGAGAAGCAUCCUCCACGGGAGAGAUCUGCUAAAAAGAGGGCUUAGACAAAUGAUUGGUGAUGGGGAGUCUGUUAUGGUUUGGUCCUCUCGAUGGAUAUUGGAUGGUGUUAUGCGAGCACCAUUAAUGAAGAAUAUUAUCUUCAAUCUGGACUUAAAAGUGAAAGACUUAAUUGAUGUGGAAUCUCACUCUUGGGAUCGUACCAAACUGCAUUACCACUUCUAUCCUAGAGAUGUAGAGCUGAUCUGCAAGUUCAAGCCAGUUCCUCGAUCAAAUGACUUCUUCAUAUGGGAACACACAAAAAGUGGGGUAUAUUCAGUAAAAUCAGGUUAUUGGGCUGCCUAUGAAAGCGAGAAAAUUGAUCUGUACAGAGCCCAAGAUCAAAACAUUUAUGUGGAAAGCUGUUUCGGGGGCAUUCCGGUAGCUGAUAAAAUGAUUGACAGAGGUUUGAAAACCGAUUCAAGAUGUCAAAGAUGUGGGAUGGAAGGAGAAUCAGCAAAGCAUGUUCUUUUCACAUGCUCGGUUGCUAGACAAAUUUGGGCACUAUAUGGCUAUCCGAAUCCGCUUAAUGGAUUUGAUUCUGAAUCCUUGUAUCAGAAUUUGUAUUACUUGAUCCUUGUGAGCAAAGAUAGCAAAGUGCAGGUUGAGAUAAGGAAAGCCUUCCCUUGGAUUUUAUGGCAAUUAUGGAAAAACAGAAACUUGUUUAGUAUUGAAGGCAAAAGAUUUAGAGCGCCUGUGACAAUCUCAAAAAUCAGAGAAAAUGUCCAGGAAUGGUUUCAUGCUCAAUCUUUGAAGGAACGGGAGGCAGAAGCUGCGAGCCAUAACCUAACUCAGGUUAAAAAGCACUGGUCUCCUCCCCCCUUUGGAUGGCUAAAAUGUAACUUGGCUUCAUCUUGGGAUAAAGAAUUCAAUGUUAGUGGAGCAGCAUGGGUUUUGAGGAAUGAAACUGGUGAAGUUUUAUUACAUAGCAGAAAGUCUUUUGCUAUGAUUCAUUCUAAAAUGGAUGCUUGCCUUCAAAGCUGGCUUUGGUCUAUAGAGAGUAUGAUUAGCCACAAUCUUGGGAAGAUCAUAUUCGCUUCAGAAGACUUAGAGUUAGUUGGAGCUCUUCAGCGGCCAAAAGCUUGGCCUUUCUUUUUGUUUUAUUCCAGGUCCUUGGAAGCAGCCUUGGGUAAUGUUCUGGAAUGUAAAGUUUUUUUGGAAGACAGGAACUCAAAUCUUGGCGCUCAUCUUAUAGCAAAGAGUGUAACAAGAGAGGAUCGCCGUCAAUCUUAUGUAGCAACUGGCUUUCCGUGUUGGCUUCAAAAGAUUUUUGUAGAUGAUAUGGCUAGAAUCGUAGGUUAG